UACACCACCAAAAGCUAAGCUAGUGCAAACUACGAAGUAGGAGAAGAUGGAGAGCUCAAGGAGGGCGCUCCUCCUGGUGGCGGUGGCGGCGAUGGCCAUCGGCCUCGCGAGUGCCAGUUUCCGUGACAACUGCGACAUUAAGUGGAACCCCGAGAACGCGGCCUUCUCCGACGACGGCCACGGCCUGACCAUGUCCCUAAAGAGCAACUCCUCUGGCUGCUUGCUGCAGACGAAGAAGCAGUUCAUCUACGGCAGCGUCUCCACCCUCAUCAAGCUCGUCCCGGGGAACUCGGCCGGCACCGUCACCACAUACUACACAUCUUCUGUGGGGGACGACCACGACGAGAUUGACUUCGAGUUCCUGGGGAACGAGACGGGGCAGCCCUACACGCUGCACACCAACGUGUUCGCCGACGGCGUCGGCAAGAAGGAGAUGCAGUUCGUGCCCUGGUUCGACCCCACCGCCGACUUCCACGCCUACACCAUCUCCUGGACGCCCUGCAUGAUCGUCUGGUACGUCGACGACGUCCCCAUCCGGGUGUUCCGCAACUACCGGGACAAGGGCAUUGCGUACCCGAUCAAGCGUCCGAUGUUCGGCUACUCCAGCAUCUGGUCGGCGGAGGACUGGGCCACGCAGGGCGGCCGCGUCAAGGCCGACUGGUCCAAGGCACCCUUCGUCGCCGGCUACCGCGACAUGGUCCUCGACGUCUGCCCCUGCGACGGAGCCGACUCCUGCGUGUACGGCUGCGAUGGGGCGUUCAGCCACGGCGGGCGGCAGCAGAACUGCGCUGGCCUCACCGACCAGCAGCGGGCCAAGAUGCAGGAGGUGCAGAAGACUCACAGGAUCUACGACUACUGCGUCGACUACAGGGACAACAAGAAGCCCGGCCCCGAGUGCAGCCUGCCGCAGUACUGAUCGACCCAUGCAUAUCCAGCUGCAGUCUGAUCGUGGUCGUGGCACGCACCAAGCGGCAAUGGUUGGCCGGCCGAUCUACUACCACGGCAUACACGACCCAUUGAUUCCAUUGGGACUUUAUUUAUUUAUUUAUUGAUACAUAUAUUUUUGUUUUCUCAAGGUUUUUCAUUCUUGUUGCUCCCGGGAUGUUUUUUCCAAAUUUUGUUCAAUGCUUACCCGAUUAAGUAAUCAUCAAUGAUCUUUUUUGAAUGGAUCACAUAGGGCAUGAUUGGUUGCAUGCAUGAACCAACGAGCCAGGCCGCUAAUGAAUCAUGUAAGGUUACCCACAACCACAACACACCACGACUACAAUAAUCUAUUGAUCUAUGGCAAACUUACUAUGAUAAUUUUUUUAAAUGGCAUAGAUUGGCCUAAAUCCCGCAGUGGCACCAAACUUUUCGUCUCGAUCAAAAGAAAGCUUACCAUGCCUAAUUGGGUGGUGCUCCCGUCGGCCGAUAUGCCGAUCUGCCCCUUAUAUUUGGUCGACCGAUAAGUUCUCCAUAAGCGAUAUCCCCAACAUUGGCGAAAACACAAGCCAUGGUGUUUGGUUACAUGCAACACACGUUUUCUGGUAAGCUCCUCGUGGAUGUGGUGAGGUUAGCAGCACACUAGCAGGCAGAACAAACAGAAGACACACAAAAUAGAUAGCAUAUACGAAAAAGUUAAACAUAGUACGACACUUAAACGAGUAAUUUUCAACCAAACCAAUACGACAUAGUCUUAAA